AUGGCAGCUAAUUUGGGUUCUCAGCUUCAAGACACACUAGUGGUUUUUGACCUCGACGAGUUGCGUUUUUUUACUGAGGAUUUCAGCCAUGAGUUAGGUCAGGGUGGAUUUGGAAAAGUGUACAAAGGAAAAAUUUCUGAACAAAAUAUCAAUCAGCUAGCCAAACAAGAGAUUGCUGUCAAAGUAUCCAAGGACAGACAAAGUGAAACCAGGAAGAUGUGGAUGGCUAAGGUGCAAUUCUUGUCCAUGUGCAGUCACCCCAAUGUGAUCAGGUUGAUUGGCUAUGCGGAGGACGCUGAUAACGACAAAUUGUUGCUCGUAUAUCCAUUUUGCCCCCUUGGCUCGCUCCAUGACAAUUUGGAUGAAUGGGCUCAAGUGCAGAAGAUUAUGAGAGGCAUUGCAUCUGGCUUGGACCACAUUCAUAUGCGUGCUACUCCUGCCAUUAUACAUGGAGAUCUUAAACCCGACAAUAUUUUGUUGGGCUAG